UGGCGCGCCGUAACUUGUUUAUAUUCGAACAGGAAAAUAUGGUUUAUUUAUUAUCUAACAUUGAUUAAACGUCCACUUUGAUAAGAAACACAAACAAUUGAAAUGGCGGAUAAAGCGAAAACAUGGCCAGGUUUUACUGGAGAGGCAUAUCCAGAAGUGUGCGAUAUUCGUUCCAUGCCACCCCAACCUGAUGUUCUAAAGCCCGGUCAGUUACCAGUUGAACAGAUAAAGCAGUAUUUUGAAGAGGGUUACGUGGUCAUAGAAAAGUUUUUCGAUAUAGAGGCUGACCUUGAACCUUGUAGAAGAGCAAUAGAAGAUCUAGUUGAAGAACUUGCACAAAAACUUUUCAAAGCCGGGAAAAUAAAAAAUUUAUACAGAGAAUAUGGCCUGGAUAAACGUCUGAUAAAAAUUGAUGAAGAAUGGCCUGGUGCUGUGAUCCUUUUACACAAAAUCGGUCAUCUCCCACAGGCUUUUCGAAACCUUUGGGGAAACGAAAAACUACUCAAUUUAAUAGAGCAAGUCUUGGGUCCAGAAAUUGCAGGGAUGCCAAACUGGAACUUCCGUGAUAAAACACCGCAUAAUGAAGCAACGACGGUGCCAUGGCAUCAAGACGCCGGAUAUUUGAGCACAGAUGUAUAUAAAGUUCUACUUGCCACGGUCUGGAUACCGUUCCUUGAUACGAAUAGGAACAAUGGAUGUAUGGAGGUCAUACCUAAAGGUCAUUCUUCUGGUAAGGUUGCUAACCAUACAUGUUGUGCAGGAGAUACAUGGUAUAUACAAUUGGACGAGGAAGAUAUGAAUAAAACAUUAGGUUGUAGCAGUAAAGACAGAAAACUUUGUCCAAUACCUUAUGGUGGACUCCUGUUAUUUAACAACUUUAUUCCUCAUAGAAGUUUGGAUAAUGCAUCCGAAGGAGUGCGUUGGAGUGUUGACCUCAGAUUUAAGAAACCAGGUUUACCUAAUGGUAUGUUCGGGUUAAAACCUGACGUCCUCCUGAGAACAAAAGAAAAUCCUAACAUGAAGAUCGACUGGGAUACGUUUGAUUCUAUUGAUAGAACAAAAGCACAAAUUGCCUCAGUCAGGGAUCUUGUUGAGAUAGCAGAAGAUCAGGAGUUUGACACAACUGUUCAAGGACCUUGGAUGAGAAAGUGGGAACUAGUCAACCAUAACAACCACGUCAAAAAGCACGUGGAAAUGGAGGCGGCAAAGAAUAAGGAUAAAAACUUGGGCUAAAUGAUAAAAGAUGCUGAAAUGAUUUAUACUUUCAAAUUCGAAAAUUGACUCUUCGGUUAAAAAACUGUGAUUGAAUAUUUAGACGAAUUUACAUUCCAAAAUAAGUAUUCCAAAAAUAACAAUCUUGUGUUUAGAGUUUCCCAACAGCCCCUUUGAUGUAUGUCAGAAAUGCUGAUCCUGAAGUUUUUAUUGUCAUUUUUGUUACUUAUUUGUGACAAAAUUGCCAUAUUCAAAGGAAAACGCUGAGCAAAAUAAAAAAACAACAUACCUACUUAUAAAAAAGUUAUGAUAUUAUUGCCAAUGAGACGACCCCCACAAGAGACCAAAUGACACAGAUGUUUUUCUUAUUGAUAUAAACGAAACACACAUCCUGUUUUGUUUUGCCUGGCAACAUUUCAGAUAUUUUUACUUUCAAAUACCGUUUCACAAAUGUAAAUGUUACUUGACACAAUUAUCUAUAUGUACAAUAUAAUAUAUUAAAAUAUUGGUUAAUGUUUUCAUUUCAACAUUGGGAACACAUUGCAUAAUACAUAAAUAUAUAUUUAAAUCAAUGUAACGUAAUUUUGGAAUCAUCAAUUGUAGAGGUUCUUGGUGAACAGUAUUUGAUUUUGUAACUUUUGUAUCUUUUGAUCAUUAUAUCCUGAAAGUUAUUUCAGUGUUUCUCUAGUCUCAGUGAGAUGCUACUGUACACAUAAGCACGUUUAAAUAUCUUCUUUUGUGUGUACAUGUUUGUAAUAAGUUUUUGUAACCAAUACAUCUAUUUCUACAUUUCCUGUAUUUUGAUAAUAAAAUUGUAUACUAAA